GCUGCGUUUGAAUUCGGGGAGGAGCGGAGCAGAGCAGGAUCCUCUGCACCUACCCGGCCAGGUCCGUGGAGCAACAUCGGCAUCAUGAAUGCAGCGGCCAAAGCUGGAAAGCUGGCUCGAGCACCAGCCGACCUAGGGAAAGGUGGGGUCCCGGGAGACGCAGCUCCCGGUGCCCCAGGGGCCGCCCCGCUGGCGAAAGAGAUUCCGGAGGUCCUGAUGGAUCCACGCAGCCGGCGGCAGUAUGUACGGGGCCGCUUUCUGGGUAAAGGAGGCUUCGCCAAAUGCUUCGAAAUCUCAGACUCAGACACAAAAGAGGUGUUCGCAGGCAAGAUCGUGCCUAAGUCUUUGCUGCUCAAGCCCCAUCAGAAGGAGAAAAUGUCUAUGGAGAUCUCCAUUCACCGCAGCCUCGCACACCAGCACGUCGUAGGCUUCCAUGGCUUUUUUGAGGACAGCGACUUUGUGUUCGUGGUUUUGGAGCUCUGUCGCAGGAGGUCUCUCCUGGAGCUGCACAAAAGGAGGAAGGCGCUGACCGAGCCCGAGGCCCGAUACUACCUGCGGCAGAUAGUCCUGGGUUGCCAGUACCUGCACCGCAAUCAAGUCAUUCACAGGGACCUCAAACUGGGCAACCUCUUUCUGAAUGAGGAUCUGGAGGUGAAAAUAGGGGAUUUUGGCCUGGCAACAAAAGUGGAAUAUGAAGGGGAACGGAAGAAGACCCUGUGUGGCACUCCUAACUACAUAGCUCCCGAGGUGCUGAGCAAGAAGGGACACAGCUUUGAGGUGGACGUGUGGUCCAUUGGGUGCAUCAUGUAUACCUUGCUGGUGGGCAAGCCACCUUUUGAGACCUCAUGCCUAAAAGAGACCUACCUCCGGAUCAAGAAAAAUGAAUACAGUAUUCCCAAGCACAUCAACCCAGUGGCUGCCUCCCUCAUCCAGAAAAUGCUUCAGACAGACCCCACUGCCCGCCCCACCAUUCACGAGUUGCUCAAUGACGAGUUCUUCACUUCCGGCUACAUCCCCGCCCGUCUGCCUAUUACCUGCCUCACCAUCCCACCAAGGUUUUCAAUAGCUCCCAGCAGCCUAGACCCCAGCAACAGGAAGCCUCUCACAGUCCUUAAUAAAGGUGUGGAGAACCCCCUGCCUGACCGUCCCCGAGAGAAAGAGGAACCAGUGGUUCGGGAGACAAAUGAGGCCAUCGAGUGCCACCUUAGUGACUUGCUACAGCAGCUGACCAGUGUCAACGCCUCCAAGCCCUCAGAGCGAGGGCUGGUGCGGCAAGAGGAGGCCGAGGAUCCUGCUUGCAUCCCUAUCUUCUGGGUCAGCAAAUGGGUAGACUAUUCGGACAAGUAUGGCCUUGGUUAUCAGCUAUGUGACAACAGUGUGGGAGUGCUCUUUAAUGACUCAACACGCCUCAUCCUCUACAAUGACGGGGACAGCCUGCAGUACAUAGAGCGUGAUGGCACGGAGUCCUACCUCACUGUGAGCUCCCACCCCAACUCCUUGAUGAAGAAGAUCACUCUCCUCAACUAUUUCCGCAAUUACAUGAGUGAACACCUGUUGAAGGCAGGGGCCAACAUCACGCCCCGGGAAGGCGACGAGCUGGCCCGGCUGCCCUACCUACGAACAUGGUUCCGCACACGCAGCGCCAUCAUCCUGCACCUCAGCAAUGGCACAGUACAGAUUAAUUUCUUCCAGGACCACACCAAACUUAUCCUGUGCCCCCUGAUGGCAGCAGUGACCUACAUCAACGAGAAGAGGGACUUCCGGACAUACCGCCUGAGCCUUCUGGAGGAAUAUGGCUGCUGCAAGGAACUGGCUAGCCGCCUCCGCUAUGCCCGCACCAUGGUAGACAAGCUGCUGAGCUCGCGUUCCGCCUGCAACCGCCUCAAGGCCUCCUAGGUCUCCGUCCUUCGGACUGGUGCCCCUUCAUUCUGCUAGCGCUCUGCUAGCUCUGGGCCUGCACUACUGGGCUCCUGGGGCCGCUGUUCAGUGCCCCUGGCCCUGGGGGCUGGCAGGGAGCAGUGCCCCCUGUGAAGGGGUUGCUGUGUGUAAGUUAUUUUGUACAUGAUUGGGUGUGGGUUUGCAGCCUGUUCCCUGCCCUCGGCCCACUGUAUGAACUGUAUAAAUAUUUCUAUUGAAUUUGGGACUGCCCUUUCCUUAGCUUUAUAUAUAUUAAAUAUUUGUACAUCUCUCUCU